AGACUUUAUAGAGCCGUUCUGUGUUUCGAUUGGUCGAUGUUUUUCUACAUAUUCUGUUCCGUUCAGUUUGGAAGUCUCUUUCUUUCACGCGACCCUACAGCGAGAAACUACCACCUUGUCUUUAAACCGGCUGUUCAGCGAUCCUUGGAAGCACUGCAAAGAUGCCCAGGGAAGACAGGGCCACGUGGAAGUCCAACUAUUUUUUGAAAAUUAUUCAAUUGUUGGAUGACUAUCCAAAAUGCUUCAUUGUGGGUGCAGACAAUGUGGGCUCCAAGCAGAUGCAGACCAUCCGCCUGUCUCUGCGUGGGAAGGCUGUGGUUCUCAUGGGUAAAAACACCAUGAUGCGUAAAGCCAUCCGUGGCCACCUGGAAAACAACCCAGCCCUUGAGAAGUUGCUGCCACACAUUAAGGGUAAUGUGGGCUUUGUCUUCACUAAGGAGGACCUGGCUGAGAUCAGGGACCUGCUGCUGGCAAACAAGGUGCCAGCUGCAGCCCGUGCUGGUGCAGUAGCCCCCUGUGAGGUCACCGUGCCAGCUCAAAACACAGGUCUGGGCCCUGAGAAGACUUCCUUCUUUCAGGCUUUAGGCAUUACCACAAAGAUCUCCAGAGGAACUAUUGAAAUCCUGAGCGAUGUGCAGCUCAUCAAACCUGGAGACAAAGUGGGUGCCAGCGAGGCAACCCUUCUCAACAUGCUGAACAUCUCCCCCUUCUCAUACGGACUGGGCAUCCAGCAGGUGUAUGACAAUGGCAGUGUGUACAGCCCUGAGGUGCUUGACAUCACAGAAGCUGCACUCCAAGCCAGGUUCCUGGAGGGUGUGAGGAACAUUGCUAGUGUGUGUCUGGAGAUCGGCUACCCCACCCUGGCUUCCAUCCCCCACUCCAUUAUCAAUGGCUACAAAAGAGUUCUGGCUGUUGCUGUGGAAACGGAGUAUUCCUUCCCCCUGGCAGACAAGGUUAAGGCCUUCCUGGCUGACCCUUCUGCCUUCGCUGUGGCAGCCCCGGUUGCUGCCGCCGAGGUGGCAGCUGCUCCAGCUGCUGCCAAGGAAGAAGCAAAGGAGGAGUCCGAGGAGUCUGAUGACGACAUGGGCUUUGGGCUGUUUGACUAGAUUUGCAUUUUUGCAGAGUUGAAAUAAACAAUUCAAUAGAGAA